AUGACCACCACCCCAAUAACCCCGCAGGUUGCACAACCUUCCUCUAAUUCCGUCUCCUACAACACUCCUACGAACGACGAAUCUCCAAAAUUACACUCCUCCGACUGGCAAUGCAUAGAUUCGAAUCACAGCUCGUCGCCUGAGUCGCGGCCUCUCGACCUGAAAAGCCCCAUUCCAGAGGAAGAGGAAGAGGACGAAACCAGCAGCGAAGCCGCGACGAACGAACCUGUCACACCUACAGACAACCACCAGCCUCAUCCCUUCCAAGAUCGAAUGAACAUUUCCAUAAAGCCAGAUGAAGAACACCCCGACGCUUUCGGUACGAUACCGGCCCCGCCGCUGAUACUCGAAACCCAAGCCACACCACCACCUUCCGCCUCGAAAAAGAAUGCUUCACCUACAACCGAACAAUCCAUCCCCAAGGCUCCAAUUUUGCGGAGGCCGGGGUCUUCGAAGGAUUCUGUCAAAAGAGCAAUGUCGGGCUUCUUCAAAAGGUCCAAUUCACAAAGUGCGAACUCCGACACUGCACCCUUGGCCCAGGCAGAUGGGAAUGCGCCGGGGAAUUGUUCAGACUCAAAUCUCAGCAAGGAGCAUCGUCGAUUGUCAAUGAAGGUGUCUGCAAAUACAACACCGGAUACUACACGGUCAAAUACCCCGCCGUCACCUACAUCGUCUAUAGACAAGGAAGCUGCCAGACCCCAGAAACACCUACAAGUGCAAGAACCUCUGACAGACGACUUUUUCAAUCAGAAAAAGAGCCGAUCCUCAACCGGGUUCAGUAUUCGAGAUAAGAUCUCGAAGCACAAGAUCUCUUUCGCACACCCAGACAAAGAAACUAAGUACGAUCACCCACGGGUUCGUGCCACAAGCGUAGACCUUAUAAGCCCUUCCCCAGACCCACAAGAUGCGAGCGGUGGCAAGCUUCCCGAGAGAGCUAUAUGGGCACUUCCAGCCGAGACGGGUAUUGGUCUUAAGUCACGGCGCAUGAGUUUAAGUCUUCCGGACGAUUUCACUGUGGACGUAGCAGAGCUAUAUUCGGAAUUCUCCGAUCAGAGCAAGCUGGUUGGUCGACGUGGAAAGAGUAUUGGUAAAGGGGCUACGUCCAAAGUCAAGCUUAUGAACCGGAAAGGUUGCAGUGGCGAGGUUUAUGCAGUCAAAGAGUUCCGUGGCAAGUCAUCGAACGAAAAGGCGGAAGAUUACGAGCAAAAAGUCAAGUCUGAAUAUUCUAUCGCCAAAAGUGUGCACCACCCGAAUAUCGUGGAAACGUUCCGAUUGUGCACCCACAACGGUCGGUGGAACCACGUGAUGGAGUAUUGCGAUCAGGGCGAUUUGUUCGGUCUUGUUAGCCAAAGGUAUUUGUCUAAACCGGAUCGUCAAAUUGAUCGCCUAUGUUUGUUCAAACAGCUUGUCCAAGGCCUCAACUACCUCCACAGCAAUGGCAUUGCCCAUCGUGAUGUGAAGCUGGAAAAUCUUUUAAUCACAAAGGAUAGCAAGCUGAAGAUUACGGAUUUUGGAGUUUCGGAGGUUUUUUGUGGUAUUCAUCCGGGUUUGAGAUCAGCUGGAGGUGAAUGUGGGAAGGAAAUGGGAGAGGUUCGAUUAUGUGCUCCCGGCAUGUGUGGCAGUGCUCCAUACGUUGCCCCUGAGGUCUUGCAAAAAAAUGGUGAAUACGACCCACGCCCUCUUGAUGUGUGGGGAGCUGCAGUUGUUAUGCUUACCAUUUGCUCGAAUGGUUGUUUAUGGACCGAGGCUCGGGAAGGAAGCUCCCCGUUGUACGACGAUCUAAUUCGGGGGUGGAAGAAAUGGAAUGACAAGCAUGCGGAUGGGAGCGCUAUGGGUAUCACAGAGACAGAUUAUCCCCACGUGGGAUUUUUUGAUCAGCACAUCAACCCUCCAGCUCUACGCCGAAUUCUCCUAACCAUGCUGAAUCCCGACCCCUCGAAACGAGCCAGCAUGUCGACCGUCGCUAACAAUCGAUGGUUAAAAAAGGCAGAAUGCUGUCAAAUUGAUAGCUACGAGGAUCCUGCCAUUGUUAUCGACGCAUCGAGGAUACGAUCAUGCGGCAAAACCCCAACCAAAGUCGUGCAACACAACCAUCUCCCCGUGUCUCACACCUUUGGCCACAAACUCGUUCGUCUUCCAGGCAGUACUGAUAUGCAUUGA